CACCAUUCAGGCGCAGUUUCGAACCCAGGAAUAAGUGAUUGGUGGUGUUCUCCUCGUGUUUUUUUUUCGCGAGGGAUUUGGGAACAAUUUAUUUUGAAAAGUGGUUUCUGGGGACUGGGAGAUGUGGAGGAAAAUUUCGUACAAUUUCGGAGCCGUUUGCGGCGUUUUGUUGCUGGUUUCAGCGGCGACCGAAGCGCAGGACGCCCAGAGUCAGAGUUUGGCAGAAAGAAAUCGACAGCAUGCUCAGUACAAGUACCCAGAUAAUUACGACCCCAUGUUUUCGAGGAUUGCGCCGAACACGGAAGUGGACCCGGAAACCGGAUCUUACACCAUGACGGCGGAGAGAUUGGAGCAGAUCCGAGAGCCGCUCAUGUAUCCGUUCUACGACGGAGGCGUCGACGAGGAAGCUGACGAGUACUGGGACGAAAACGACUACCAAGAGCACCUCAACUCGGGCACUUCCCUGUUGGACAAGAAGCUCAACUUCCUGCUUCCGUUCUACGGAUUCGCUUUCAACUACACCUGGAUUUCGCUGAAUGGCUACAUUGGCUUCAGUGAUCAUCUGCGGACAAUCCAUGGAGUUGAGAGAGAUUUGCGAACAAGAAAAGAUAGAUUCGGAUUCGAGCUGCACGAAAGACUGCUUUGGGACAUCCGCGAAGGAAUGAUCGGGGCUGAGAUUUUUGACCCGAAACACGCCUUCAUUGUGACCUGGAAGAAUGUCACUUUCAACGGAGGUCAGCAGCCCAGGGCUCAAUACGUGACGAACACAUUUCAAGCAGUUAUCGCCACGGACGAGGUCAUGACCUAUGCCAUAAUGAAUUAUGAACAUCUCGGCUGGACGACUCAUACUGGAGCUGGUGGGUCAACUGACGACGGUCAAGGAGGCACUCCUGCUUUCGUCGGUUUCAACGCUGGCAAUGGAACUCGAGCCUAUGAGUACUUGCCGUAUUCGCAGAGAAUGCAAAUUCGAGAUUUGCCGAGUUACGGAGGUGCCAAUGGGAAAUUGGGCCGACACAUUUUCCGCAUUGAUGAGCACAUUUUCCCCGGAUCUUGCAACCCUGAUCCACAGCGGACGAACCUGCCAUUGUUCUUCGCGCCCGAAUCCGGCAACAUGCUCGGCGGCACUGUCGUCAACGUGACAGGCCCUUGCUUCACGCCCAAGCAAAGAGUGACGUGUCGAUUCGAGGAUUGGGAAGUGGAGGGAAUCGUCAGAGAUGCCAAUAGAGCCACUUGCAUCACACCACCAGGGAUGAAGACUUCCGGAUACAUCGACUUCCUCAUUUCUCAGGAUGGAGGACCGUUUUACUGGAAGGGAAAAUUCUUCAUUGAAACGCCGAUGACAGCCCCUGAAGGAGUUUGGUUUGAUGACAUGAACUACCAGCUAAAAGAGCCCGAGAGGCUCAAUCUCAAGUGGGACUGGAAAAAUUUGACUUACAGUCAAGGAGCCCAAGAAAGUUUGCCAAACAGAGGUGAACUGGAGAUUCUCCCGGCUGAUUUCCUGAAUCGACGCAAUUUGCCCCAAUUGCUGGACAUCACUGUUGGCUUGUUGCAAGUCAAUCUGACAAAUCCCGUGGCAACAAUGGAACUUGACCAGACUCCGGUUCUCUGGAGCAGGCCCAUCCCUCUGGCCUGGUAUUUCGGGCCGCAGUGGAAACGCAAGCACGGCAAGAACUGGGCAGAGAGCAUGUGCCAGGAUUGGAUAAACUUCGACAGGGAAAUGAAGCUGUUUGCCUACGAGGUGCCCAAGUGCCCGUGUCUCAUCAGACAGGCCAUCGCAUCCAAGGCCUUCUACGUGCCUGACUUUUCUUGCGACAAGGACGGAUUCAAAGACGCAGCUGGACAACAAUGUUGCUACGAUCGAGACGGAUACUUGAUGAUGACGACGGACAACAAAUGGGGUGGGAACCCUCAACGGGCUCACAACCAAGGAAUGAUGCCCUACAUAGAAGCGAACAAGGUUCCGAGUCUGUCCCACUGGGCACUCGACGUGUCGCCCUUCAUGUACACAACGUACACCGUUCUACUCGUCUCACUGCCCACACUCUGA